AUGCUGUACACUAGUUCUUUGUCGAAAUUGGAAUCCGGAUGGUGUUCGCUCGCGUCGUCCGACAGUAAAUCCCUGAUAAAGAAGUAUCUCACCAAAGGAGUGUUCGGAGAACUAAAAGGCAAAAAGACCAGCUUCGGUUCGACCCUGUUGGAUUGUGUUCAGUCCGGAUUUGAGAAUCACGACUCGGGGGUCGGUAUCUAUGCGCCAGAUGCCGAAGCUUACACGGUGUUCGCGCCAAUAUUCGACCCGAUCAUCGAAGAUUAUCACAAAGGUUUCAAACCCACAGACAAACAUCCGGCAAAAGACUGGGGAGACGUGAACGCGCUUGGCGACCUGGACGCGGAAAAGAAAUAUGUUAUUUCCACGCGGGUGCGGUGCGCCCGUUCGUUGGUCGGUUACCCGUUCAACCCGCUGCUGACGGAAGCGCAGUACAAAGAGAUGGAGGAGAAGGUGUCGACGACGUUGAAGGGACUUGCCGGCGACCUGCAAGGAGAGUUUUACCGGUUGACCGGCAUGUCCAAAACGGUGCAACAGAAGCUGAUCGACGACCAUUUCCUGUUCAAAGAAGGCGACAGGUUUCUGCAAGCGGCAAACGCGUCCCGGUUCUGGCCGACCGGCCGGGGCAUAUUCCACAACCGGGACAAGACGUUCCUGGUGUGGUGCAACGAAGAGGACCACUUGAGGCUGAUCUCCAUGCAGAUGGGAGGCAACUUGGGCGAGGUGUACAAGAGGCUGGUGACCGCCGUGAACGACGUCGAGCAAAGACUUCCGUUUGCACACCACGACCGCCUGGGAUUUCUGACGUUCUGCCCGACCAACUUGGGAACGACCAUCCGGGCUUCCGUUCACAUUAAGUUGCCCAAGUUGGCCGCCGACAAAGCUAAACUGGAACAAGUCGCCGCCAAGUACAGCUUGCAGGUGAGAGGAACCCGGGGCGAACACACGGACGCCGAAGGCGGAGUUUAUGACAUUUCCAACAAGAGGAGAAUGGGUCUAACGGAAUAUCAAGCUGUCAAGGAGAUGAACGACGGAAUAACAGAGCUGAUCAAAAUUGAAAAACAAUUGUAA